AAGAAAACAUGAUCAACGAAAGAACAGGGCUUUUUUAUGAGGAGAUCAUCGAUAGUGAUAUGAAGAUUCCCGAGGAGAGGAAAAAAGCUUUGCUGAGUAGAGGGAUGGGAAGCCAAGAGGUCAAUGAGGGCUUUGAAUAUGCGAUCAUAGCCGGUGGCCCAGCUUUGUGUGGAAAGUUUGAGAGUGUUGAUGUGUGGGGUGCAAUGGAGAAUCUCAAAAAUAAUGUCAGUGAAGAUGACAUCGACGAGCUCAAGUGAUACGCGAGAAUAUUGUGAGCGCUGGAGGAAGCUCAAAAGACUUUGUGAUUAGGGGCGAUGGUGGAGAGAUCCCACCGCCACGACUGAGCAAUAGCGAGCUGAUAGAUCGUACUCUUCACCUCGAGAGGAUACCUGUCAUUAAGGGAUAACUCCAGGUCCAGGGCAAGGCAGGAAGAGCGCUUCAAUGCUACCUUGAAUCUAGACACGGGAUCCUUCACGACUCCAGC